GAUGCUCAGUGUGGAGCGGCAAUCAUCUCUCAGCGCCGCUCGCACUGCUCACUACUUCCCAAGCCGCCGAGCGCAACCGGGGCCUCUGCACCGACCCGAACCCCGGCUCCCAUUCACACUGCGGCCGCACUCGAGGUGAGGAGGGAGGGGUGACCUUAUUCGGAAGGUCAGGCUCCUAAGUAGGAAGGUCAUCGCCUCAAGAGCAAAAUGUUGGAUCCGUCGUCCAGCGAGGAGGAGUCUGACGGGAUAGUGGAAGAGGAGUGCAAGGAAGUGAUGGCCCCCCAGGCCGGAUCCCGCAUCUCCCCGAGCAGGACCAGCGAGGGGUCCGGCGGGCUUGCGCCCAGCAGCGGUCGCAGCAGCGCCCGGCCGACCAGCCCGAGCCCGUCGGCUGCCAGCGAGGAGAAGGACGACCUGGAGAAGCUGCAGCGGGAGGAAGAGGAGCGCAAGAAGAAGCUGCAGCUCUAUGUGUUUGUCAUGCGAUGCGUCGCCUAUCCGUUUAACGCCAAGCAGCCCACAGACAUGGCGAGGCGACAACAGAAGAUAACCAAGCAGCAGCUUCAACAGACCAAGGAUCGCUUCCAGGCAUUCCUGAACGGAGACACACAAAUUGUGGCUGAUGAAGCCUUCAUCAACGCUGUGCAGAGCUACCAUGAGGUGUUCUUAAAGAGCGACCGCGUGGCUAAAAUGGUCCAGAGCGGUGGCUUCUCGGCGAGCGACUUCAGGGAUGUGUUCAAGAGGCACAUUGAGAAGCGCGUGCGCAGCCUCCCGGAGAUCGACGGGCUGAGCAAGGAGACGGUUCUGAGCUCCUGGAUGGCCAAGUUUGACACCAUCUACCGUGGGGACGAGGAUCCGCGCAAGGCGCAGCAACGGAUGACGGCCAGCGCCGCUUCCGAGCUCAUCUUGAGCAAGGACCAGCUGUACGAGAUGUUCCAGAAUAUCCUGGGUAUCAAAAAGUUUGAGCACCAACUGCUUUACCAAGCAUGUCAGCUGGACAACUUGGACGAGCAGGCUGCACAGAUCAGAAGAGAGCUGGAUGGUCGUCUUCAGAUGGCCGACCAGAUUGCACGGGGUGGGAGGUUCCCCAAGUUUGUGUCGAAAGACAUGGAAGCCAUGUACAUUGAAGAGCUCAAGUCUUCAGUGAACCAGCUGAUGGCCAAUCUGGAGAGCAUGCCUGUGUCCAAAGGUGGAGAUUUCAAGCUCCAGAAGCUGAAGCGAGGACACAACACCUCCAUCAUAGACAUGGGCCAGGAGGAUGAAAACACGCUGUCCAAGUCUGAUGUGGUCCUUUCCUUCACUUUAGAGGUGGUGAUCAUGGAGGUUCAGGGCCUGAAGUCUCUGGCUCCCAACAGGAUUGUCUACUGCACCAUGGAGGUGGAGGGAGGAGAGAAGCUCCAGACUGACCAAGCGGAAGCCUCCAAGCCAACCUGGGGGACCCAGGGCGACUUCACCACCACACACCCUCUGCCUGCUGUCAAGGUGAAACUGUUCACCGAAAGCACCGGAGUUCUGGCACUGGAGGACAAAGAGCUGGGCAGGGUUGUUCUACACCCGACUCCGAACAGCCCGAAGCAGUCUGAGCUCCAUAAGAUGACCUUGACCAAGGCUUGCCCUGACCAAGACCUCAGGAUCAAACUUGCCAUUCGCAUGGACAAACCCCAAAAUAUGAAACACUGCGGGUAUAUGUGGGCUUUUGGGAAGAAUGUCUGGAAGCGCUGGAAGAAGCGUUUCUUUGUUCUUGUGCAGGUGAGUCAGUACACAUUCGCCAUGUGCAGCUACAGAGAGAAGAAGUCAGAACCACAAGAGCUUCUCCAGCUGGACGGCUACACUGUGGACUACAGUGACCCGCAGCCAGGCUUGGAUGGCGGAAGGGCUUUCUUCAACGCAGUGAAGGAAGGCGACACUGUGAUUUUCGCCAGCGAUGACGAGCAAGACCGCAUCCUGUGGGUCCAGGCCAUGUAUCGUGCCACCGGCCAGUCCCACAAGCCUGUCCCACCCACUCAGGUCCAGAAACUUAACUCUAAAGGGGGUGCCUCGGCCCAAAUGGACGCUCCCAUCUCUCAGUUCUCUGGACUCAAGGAUGCUGACAGAGCUCAGAAACAUGGCAUGGAUGAGUUUAUCUCGGCUAACCCCUGUAGCUUUGACCACGCCUCGCUUUUUGAGAUGGUGCAGCGGCUCACUUUGGACCACAGGCUCAACGACACCUUCUGCUGUUUGGGAUGGUUCAGCCCGGGCCAGGUGUUCGUCUUGGACGAAUACUGUGCCAGGAACGGCGUCCGAGGUUGCCACAGGCAUCUGUGUUACUUGCGCGAUCUGCUGGAGAGGGCGAAGGGUGGCGCCAUUAUCGACCCCACUCUUCUUCACUACAGCUUUGCGUUUUGUGCCUCCCACGUGCACGGGAACAGGCCAGACGGGCUGAGCACCGUUAAAGUGGACGAGAAGGAGCGAUUUGAAGACAUCAAAGAGCGGUUGCGUGUGAUAUUGGAAAACCAGAUUGUAAAUUUCAGAUAUUGUUUCCCCUUUGGCCGUCCAGAAGGUGCACUGAAGGCCACUUUAUCUUUGCUGGAGAGGGUCCUGAUGAAGGACAUUGUGACACCUGUCCCUCCAGAAGAAGUUAAAGGAGUUAUCCGCAGAUGUUUGGAGCAGGCUGCUAACCUCAACUACCAACGGAUUAAAGACUAUGCUAAAAUUGAAGUUGAGAAAGGUCAAAAGGAUCAGAAGGAUCCAGAGAAUGUAGGCCGCUUAGUCACACCUGCCAAAAAGCUGGAGGAAACCAUUCGCCUGGCGGAGUUAGUCAUUGAGGUCCUUCAACAGAACCAAGAGCACCACGCUGAGGCGGCAGUCACAAGUUCUGCAGAUCAAUCGGCUUUCGCAUGGUGGACUGACCUCAUGGUGGAGCAUGCCGAAAACUUCCUUGCCCUCUACGCCAUCGACAUGGACGCCGCUCUGGAGAUCCAGUCGCCCGAGAGCUGGGACAGUUUCCCGCUCUUCCAGCUUCUCAACGAUUUCCUCCGGACAGACUAUCAUCUGUGCAAUGGAAAAUUCCACAAGCACCUUCAGGAUCUGUACGCUCCCCUGGUGGUUAGAUAUGUGGAUCUGAUGGAGUCCUCCAUCGCACAGUCAAUUCACAAGGGCUUUGAGCGGGAGUCGUGGGAACCUGUAAAGAGUUUAACAAGUAAUCUACCCAAUGUGAAUCUACCAAAUGUCAACCUCCAAAUUCCCAAAGUACCCAAUCUGCCAGUUCCAGUAGCGGGACUGUCAGUUAACCUUCCACAAAUGCCUAGCUUUUCAACUCCGUCCUGGAUGGCUGCUAUAUAUGACUCUGACAACGGCUCCGGGACAUCCGAAGACCUGUUCUGGAAGCUGGACGCCCUCCAGACCUUCAUCCGGGACCUCCACUGGCCCGAGGAGGAGUUCGCCAAACACCUCGAGAGUCGCAUCAAGCUCAUGUCAAGCAACAUGAUCGAGAACUGCGUCAAACGCACCAGGAUGGCGUUCGAGUCCAAACUGGCCAAGAGCAGCAAGUCAACAGAUUUCCGCAUUUCUCCGACAUUAUGCACCAUGUUCAAUGUAAUGGUGGAUGCUAAGGACCAGUCGGCCAAACUGUGCGCAAUGGAGAUGGGCCAGGAGGUAAACAAGGAAAAAAACAAAAAACAGUUUGCCUCGCAAAUAGAUGAACUGAUUGAGGAAAGCGUGCGGGACAUGAUUCAGCUCCUGGUUGCAAAGUUUGUUGCCAUUCUGGAAGGAGUGUUGGCAAAGAUAUCCAGAUACGAUGAAGGCACGCUGUUCUCCUCUUUCCUCUCCUUCACGGUGAAAGCUGCCUCCAAGUAUGUGGACGUACCUAAACCCGGCAUGGACGUGGCCGACGGCUACGUGACCUUUGUCCGCCACUCUCAGGACAUGCUGCGUGAUAAGGUCAAUGAGGAGGUGUAUAUAGAAAGGUUAUUUGAUCAAUGGUACACUGCCACCAUGAACCUGCUGGGCACCUGGCUCACCGAGCGCAUGGACCAGCAGCUGCACGUCUACCAACUCAAGAUCCUCAUCAGGAUCACCAAGAAAAAGUACCGUGACUUCCGCCUGCAGGGCGUCCUGGACUCGACCCUGAACAGCAAAAUGUACGACACGGUGCGCAAUAGGCUGACUUUGGAGGAGGCCACGGCCUCGGUGAGGGAAGGAGGCAUGCAGGGCAUCUCCAUGAAGGACAGCGACGAAGAGGACGAGGAGGACGACUAGAGCCCGCGUGCCCCACCCCUCCCCGCCCUCUUAAUCACACUUUUGACUUUAGCCUGGUUAACCGAUGCAUGUACCAACUCAGAUAGCCACUCUAGGACCUCCUUGUCAGCUCGAAAUGCCUAUGAAGGAACUAUAAACUAAUAAUAAUAAUAAUGAAAAAAAAAAAUACUGAGGAAACAAGAUAAAAGUAAAAAAAAAAUAAUAAUAACCAUUGAUUGGCAGUUUAGCUGUGUCAUAAUAAAGAUAGCACCGACUCAUUCAUUUCUAAAUUCAUUUCUGUGUUACUAAGCAAUAUGGAGAAGCAUUUGUUUGAGUGAGAAUAAAUAGUGUGUGUCCCCCGUCCAAUGCAAACUACGUACAUAUAUGGCGCUUCUUUGUCGUACUCUCCAUUCAUUCAUGGUACGUUGUCGUGACGAUGAGCGUUUGCGUGUGAAAACUUUUCUUUGUCCGUUUUCAAGUGAACGCCAACUGCUUCGGGAGUGACAAGAACCCUCUGUGUUUUGUUGACGGCUCAUCUUAGACACGCUUUGACCUUCAGCCUCAGCACGAGGGGAUUCUAGAGAUGCAAUACUCUCCAUUUUCGCUCCAUUUUGAUAACAUGGGAGAUUCUAUUUUUAUUUCCACAUUCAAAUAGAAAAAAAAGAUGUCUUGAAAACAGGUUCUAUUUUAAUUGAGUUGCACUUUACAGACAAAAGAGCAAAAAUGAUUUUUUUUAUGAACGACAAAAAAAAAAAGUUGGUCUGUCUUUGUUCUGUAACUGUGGAAUGAGAUGUGUGGCAUCUGUUUGGGUCUCACUGUUGUUCUGUAUAUAUGAUAUAAAUAUAUAUAUAAAUAUAAAAUGCUGUACAUUGCAUUCUGAGCCAUCGCUGCAUGCCUAUGGGUUCGUACCUUUCCCGAACACUUUUUUUUCUCUCUCUCUCCAGUUUUCUGUGUCAAUUAGCUGGUCGAAUCAUUCUUGCUUUUUCUUUUUUUGCCUUCUGAACGCCAACAGUUGUAAUAUGCAAGAGCUGUGGCCUCCAAAUAAAAAUUAUUGUACAUGUGUCA